AUGUUUUGCUGCAAAAUUAAAAAUACAAUUCAAAGUUCGACUAGAAAUUAUUAGUUGUUGGAUGAGAUAGGGAUGGGAUCAUAUGGAAAAGUAAAGUUGGCCAAGGAUGUCAAGAGUAAAAAGAAAUACGCAAUUAAGUUGGUAGGGGAAAUUUGAAAAUAUUUUAAGAUUGAAAAGCAGAAGAUGGAAGAGUUUCACGCUGAAAACAACAUUUUAAGUGAGAUAAAAAUCCAAUCGAAAUUGCAUCAUCCACAUAUAGUGGAGUUGGUGGAAUACUUUGAGGACGAGAAAUUUAUCUAUUUGGUGCAAGAGUAUUGCAGCAAAGGAACUCUCCGAUAGUAGAUUUGCAAGAGGAGAUUGUUGGAAAACGAGAUUUACCACUAUAUAUAUUAGUUGAAUGAGGCAUUGAUCUACUUACAUCGACAACGAAUCGUCCAUCGUGACUUGAAGGUAUUUAAGAAACACCGACAUUUUAGUUGGAUAAUAUAUUGUUGGAUGAAAAUGACACUAUCAAAUUGACAGAUUUCAAUUGGGCCACCAAGAUCACUAGUUAUGCAGCUGAACCUACUAAUUGUGGAACAACUCAUUAUAUGCCUCCUGAGAUUGUAUUGUUGCAACCACAUACUGAAAAAGUCGAUAGUUGGUCCUUAGGAAUUAUCAUUUUUGUAUUGAAUUAGUAAUAUGGCAAUAGGAAUUAGUCUUUGAGCAUCGACCCUUUGAAGGCUUGACCCAAGAGGAGUUGCAAAAACAAAUCAUUUAUCACAACCCACUCACAGAUUGCAAAUCCAUACCAACUGAUUUGAUUAUGUUACUCAAUUGUCUACUCACCAAGAACCCCAUUUAUAGAUUGAACUGUGAAUAAGUGAAACUCAGUCAGUGGUUCCAAAGACAACAUCACAACUCAUUUUUAUAAGCAGACGAAUCCGUCAACCUUACUAAUAUCACUUAUAAUAAGAAUGACAAUAUUUGA